UCAAAGAACUACACCACAAGAUGGAAAUCAUGGGAGCCCUCCAGCUCCAUCCUCCUCUCCCUCUCUUCAAGCACACCACCACAAAGUCCUACAAACUCUCAAGCAAGCUCAGCAUGUCUAGAGGUUUUCAUAAGCUCAAUGCAUUGGAAACAAAUUCACCUUCAGGCAUUACUGAUCUUGAAGAAGAACUGCCUUCAAUUGAUUUCGCUUUUGUCAGUCCAAAACUGCUGCCUGAUGGAUCACCGGAUGUUCAUAUUCGGUCUGCUGUCGGAGGGCAGAAGCUGAGGGAUAUAAUGCUGGAUGGGAACAUUGAUCUCUAUGGACCUUAUGACAUACCAUUGUCUAAUUGUGCAGGAGGAGGAACUUGCGGUACAUGCAUGGUAGAGGUGGUUGAAGGAAAGGAAUUGCUCAGUCCACGCACUGAUAAAGAAAAGGAAAUCCUGAAAAGGAAACCAAAGACAUGGAGAUUAGCAUGCCAAACUGUUGUUGGGAAACCAGAUUCAAGAGGAGAGCUUAUAAUUCAGCAACUACCCGAGUGGAAGGCACACGAAUGGGAAUGAAAACAGAACAUACCGAGUUGGAAUGUAAUUUGAUAUCAUAAAUUGACAGAGAGCUUGGUGUUUUACUCCUUAGCUUUCGUGCUUUUAUUAUCUUCAAUUUCAUUGUAGUCUGUGAACAAAGCAAACAAUCAGAACUUAAAAAUAGGUUGAAUUCAUAUCA